AUGUUCCUCUUCUUGUUCCCGAUUCUUGCUCUCGUCAACAACUCAAACAUAUUCAAAUCUAUCCAAACACUACACAAAAAGACGAAGUUUCGCACAUUCUAUGAAAUGUUCGACGUAAAAGAAAACACGGACAUCAAAGUAAUACGCUCACAAUUCUACAGGCUUGUGAAAGAAAGCAAACCAUUCCCUGAUCUCGAUCUUCCAAAAAACUUGGCAGAAAAGAUCAUAACGGACGGGUACAACAUCCUAAACAAGCACAAGAAAGAAUACGAUCUGAUGCUAAAGGACAAGUUUACGGUACCGAUCAAUCCGGAGGCAAAGGCUUUCUUCUAUGUAAAUUUGGUGGUAUUCAUCCUGUUUAUCGCGGUGUUGACGGAUCUGCUGGUAAGUUUUAUGAGAUUUUUGAUCAACAGAAGGAAGUAUGAGGGAGUGAAUAAGGCAGAGGAAAAGAAACUGAGACGGAGCGGCGAUAUUCAGGUGUUUGGCUGGGACAGGAUGUACACGGUUAGAUUAUACAAACGGGUAAAGCGAAUUUUUAUCCGAUAAGUGGUCAAUAAAGUUAUCCUGUUUCGUAUGGUGAACUGGCUGAUUGCUGUUUCUUAGCUUGAAUGCGUUUGAAUUGUUCUGGGAUAAAUUUUUGCAUCUUGUGAUCGCAGGUUUCUGUGGGAGCAGUGCAUUAGCAACCGAUGGAUGUAUGCCGUAGAAAUUAACCCUGUUAUGGUGGCUUGAUGCUGUAAUUACGGUGUUUAUAAAAUGUUUUGACCCAAUCGGUGAGAAUUAUUGCGCUGCUCGAGUUAUCAGCGGAAAAGCAUUGCUCUUUUGCUGAAAAGAGCGUUUAAUUAAAUUACAC